GAGGCAGGGUGAAGACGUGGAAGCGGCGCUGGUUCAUCCUGACCGACAACUGCCUUUACUACUUCGAGUACACGACGGAUAAAGAGCCCCGUGGCAUCAUCCCCCUGGAGAACCUGAGCAUCCGUGAGGUGGAGGACUCAAAGAAGCCCAACUGCUUUGAGCUCUACAUCCCCGACAACAAGGACCAGGUGAUCAAGGCCUGCAAGACGGAGGCGGAUGGGCGCGUGGUGGAGGGGAACCACACCGUGUACCGCAUCUCCGCCCCCACGCCCGAGGAGAAGGAGGAGUGGAUCAAGUGCAUCAAGGCGGCGAUCAGCCGGGACCCUUUUUACGAGAUGCUGGCCGCCAGGAAGAAGAAGGUCUCCUCCACCAAGAGACAGCCUCCGCUGGCCCUGCGAGGCGGCUGUGCCCCCGGCAGCCCGAGCGUCCCAUCUCCCCGGAGGGCUGCGGGGCUGGGGCCGCGCUGCAGCCUGGUCACAGGACUCCGCUUCAGCUUCGCCGUUUCUUUACU